UUCACACACAAAUGAAUUGGCAGGAGCAAGUCAGGAGGCACCUAUCAAUGAAAGUCCACAGACAAAUGAAUUUACAGGAGCAAACCAGGAGGCACCUGUGAGUGAAAGCAGCAAGAUUAAGAAAAUAGCACGCUCGGUUGUAUCAUCCUUUGCAUUUGGAAUAUUUGGAGUUUGCCUGCUCUUAUUGAAUGUUGGUCUCAUCUUUGCCGACCUAAUUUUUGCUGAAAAGAAAGUUUAUAUCCCUUUGGAGUAUCGUUGUAUUUCUCUAUCUAUUGCCUUAUUUUUUCUCAUGGAUAUUCUUCUUCGAGUAUUUGUAGAUGGGAGACAGCAUUAUUUUUCUGACUUAUUUAACAUUUUAGAUAUUGCCAUUAUUGUGAUUACUCUGCUGGUUGAUGUCAUUUACAUUUUUUUUGACAUUGAGUUUCUUAGUGAUAUUCCCAGAUGGACACCUGUAGUUCGACUUCUACGACUUAUUAUUCUGAUAAGAAUUGUUCAUCUGGCUCAUCAAAAAAGACAGCUUGAAAAGCUGAUCAGAAGGCUGGUUUCAGAAAACAAAAGGCGAUACAUAAGGGAUGGAUUUGACCUAGACCUCACUUAUGUUACUGAACGUAUUAUUGCUAUGUCAUUUCCAUCUUCUGGAAGGCAGUCUUUCUAUAGGAACCCAAUUGAGGAAGUUGUACGGUUUCUAGACAAGAAGCACCCAAACCACUAUCGUGUCUACAAUCUCUGCAGUGAAAGAGCUUAUGAUCCUAAGCACUUCCAUAAUAGGGUCAGUAGAAUCAUGAUUGAUGACCAUAAUGUCCCCACUUUACGUGAGAUGGUGGUAUUCUCAAAGGAAGCAAGUGAGUGGAUGACUCAAGAUCCCGAAAACAUCAUAGCGAUUCACUGUAAAGGAGGCAAAGGAAGAACUGGAACAAUGGUUUGUGCCUGUCUUAUUGCUUCUGAAAUAUUUUUAACUGCAGAGAAUAGAUAUGUUGGAUAUUUUGCACAAGUGAAACACCAGUACAACUGGAAUCUCCCUCCAGUAAGGAUACUCUUUAUUAAAAGAUUCAUUAUUUAUUCGAUCCAUGGCGAUGAAAAUGAUCUAAAAGUCCAAAUAGUAAUGGAGAAAAGGGUUGUCUUUUCCUGUACUUCUUUAAAAAAUUGUGUGGUAAUUCAUGAUGCUGAAACAGACAGAGUAAUAAUUGAUGUAUUCAACUGUCCACCUCUGUAUGAAGAUGUGAAAGUGCAGUUUUUCUCUUCGGAGCUUCCUAAAUACUAUGACAAUUGUCCUUUUUACUUCUGGUUUCACACAUCUUUUAUACAAGAUAACAGGCUUUAUCUACCAAGAAACGAGGUGGAUAAUCCACAUAAACAAAAAACAUGGAAAAUUUACCCACCGGAAUUUGCAGUGGAGAUAAUUUUUGAGGAGAAAUGAAUUACAGUUAAGUUGUAGCUGAUUAAGAAUAGUUCCCCCUUCCCCUUCUGGGAAAGAAUUAUGUUUUUUCCAACCCCCGCCACAUAUUUUUAUGUUCUAAGUCUUCCCUACUGAUAUAUCUAUGUUUAUAUGUGUUUACAUAUGUUCU